GCAAGCCAAAAACUGGAGGCUCUUCGUCAACUUCGGAAAAUUACAGUUUUGCUGAUUUGAAUGUAGAAGAUUUUUUAUUUGAGAGAUUAACUGCGUUAGAAUUUUCGCGGCCGACUCCUGUUCAGUUUCACUCACUGAAAGACACUUUGGCUGGUUUAAGUGUAGUAGUACAAGCAGAAACAGGAUCUGGAAAAACUUUGGCUUACUUAUUACCGAUCGUUCAGAAAAUUGAGUUGGGAUUCACAAAAUUUAAUCCUCGCAAAAAACCGAAAGCAAUAAUAUUACUCCCUACAAGAAGUUUAUGCUUUCAAGUCUAUGGAGAACUUCACUCUCUUUCUCCUUUUAUAAAAGUCGCUAUUCUUACAGGAGCAACAGACUUUAAUUCUCAAAAACUUGCACUUAAGAAUGGCGUUGACGUUGUGAUUGGCAGCUUAGGAAGAGUUUCGGAACAUUUAAAAAUAGGCUCUUUGCAUUUAUCUAAAAUUGAUACCUUCGUUAUUGACGAGGCCGACCUCAUGGUGGAUGCCGGCACGCUCAAUAUUAUUGAAGAUCUCUUGUUGCGUACGUCUCGCAAUCGGCAGUUAAUGUUGUUCAGCGCAACUAUCCCAGAUCAUAUAAAAGAGUUGGCUAACAAAUACGUCACCAAAGGAAAGUUUAUCGAUAUGAAAGCGCUUACGGGGACCAUCGCUCCGAAGCAGCUUCUGCAUCGAGUAGUUUUAGUAUCUGAGAAAGAAAUGAAGCUGGUAAUAUCCGACCUUCUUCGGCUAAAAUGCCCUCAGCGCUGCAUAAUAUUCGUUAAAACAAAGUUUGAAGGGUAUAAACUUUCUUCAGAGCUUCUCUCUUUUGGCCAUCAAUCGUUAAUUCUUAACGCAGACAUUCCGCAGAAUGAACGGGAACGAUGCUUAUUUUUAUUCCGAAAAGGCCAUUUGCCUUUGCUAAUCGUGACGGACUUGGCUGCACGUGGCGUUGACAUUCCGGCGUGCGAUAUGGUAAUUCAGACGCCAUCGGCUGUAAGCUCGAUCGAAAAUUAUAUUCAUCGCGCCGGUCGGGCUGGUCGGUCCGGGAGAAACGGUAUUAACUACCAGCUUUUAUAUGCAAACUGCGAGCCUCACGCCAAGUUUUUUAAUGAUAUAAGCAAGAUUGCUCUUGUAGCUCGAGAAAGUAAACCGGUUUUAAAAGAUAUUAUUACAGAAUCGUUAUUCCGAGCCGAAAAGGAAAUGGAAAAAGUAGACGAAUCUUCUUAUACUCCCGCCAUUGCGCUAGCGAAAAAAAUACUAAAAGGGUCGUCGAGCCGCGGAGAAGUUGAAAUCGCACAACUCUUAAGUCUUUGCGCAAAGUUAAAUUUACUUCUAAAGUAGAAGUAUAAAACAUUUAAAAAUUACUUUCAAA